GCUUCCCUGCCUCCAAAGAGACCACCCUCUGCUCAGUCCAAGCCCCUUCCUCCUCCUGCUCCUCUCCCUCCACCAGGGACCAAGUAGGCUUUCAGCACUUGCCACAGCAGCUCACAAUGGACAGCACCACAAAGACUCAGUGAUUCCUUUGCAUCACCCAGACACUUGACAGAAACCAGCGCUGACAGCCAAUCUCAGCAUUCACAACAGACAUUGAGGCAGCGGGAAAUUGAUACAAGAGAAGGAAAGAGGAAGCUCUCUGUGGAUUAUUUCUAAUAUAAUUAAGAUUUUCAGCCUUCUGCCUAAGCAGGCUUUUUCUGAAGCAUAUAGUCAAUUUAUCUAAAACAGAAUAAGCACCAUGGAAGAAGAUCUGGAUGAGGGGCAAACCCAAAAAGGAUGCCUGGAGUGUUGCAUCAAAUGCCUGGGUGGCAUCCCAUAUCCAUCGCUGGUAGCCACCAUCCUGCUGUAUGCGGGUGUGGCUCUGUUCUGCGGCUGCGGGCAUGAAGCCCUGUCCGGCACCGUCACCAUCCUCCAAAACUACUUUGAGGUUGUGAGGAGCCCGGUGGACGCUUUGGAUGUCUUUACUAUGAUUGACAUAAUCAAAUAUGUGAUCUAUGGUAUUGCUUCGGCUUUCUUCGUCUACGGUAUCCUGCUGAUGGUGGAGGGGUUUUUCACCAGUGGAGCCAUUAAAGAUCUGUAUGGAGACUUCAAGAUCACCACCUGCGGUCGCUGUGUCAGCGCCUGGUUCAUCAUGCUGACUUACAUCUUCAUGCUGGCCUGGCUUGGAGUGACAGCCUUCACCUCCAUACCUGUCUUCAUUUAUUUCAACAUCUGGAAUAUCUGUCAAAAUGCUACUGUGCUGGAAGGGGCCUCGCUUUGCCUCGACCCUCGGCAAUAUGGCAUUGUCCCACUUCUUGAGGCCAAAACUGUGUGUGCCGGAUCAGAGAAAUUCUACAAAAUGUGUGAAUCCCCUGAGCUGGACAUGACGUUCCACCUGUUCAUCUGUGCCCUCGCUGGAGCAGGAGCUGCUGUCAUUGCAAUGAUCCACUACCUGAUGGUGCUCUCUGCCAACUGGGCCUACGUAAAGGAUGCCUGCCGCAUGCAGAAGUACGAGGACAUCAAGUCCAAAGAGGAGCAGGAGCUUCACGACAUCCACUCCACUCGCUCCAAGGAGCGUCUCAAUGCGUACACAUAAAGUCCAGUGCGAGGCCUUGCCCUGCCACUCCGGCCUCUCUCCCCUCUGUCUCUCCUCUUGCUUUCUAUCUGUCUCUCUAUACCAUCCCCUCCUGAGGGGGGGCGGAUGGCGCCUAGGGCCCUCGGCACUGCUGAUGUAACUGGUGCGUCAUGUGACAAUGUGGUCUGGGGGGGCUUCACACAGAGCUCCUUCGUCACAAGCAGCAUUUUAAAUGAAAAAGAAAGCCCCUUUACCUCUCUUGUGGAUGGGUUUUUACAAUUAUCAUUAUGGCAGUUGUAUUAUUGUUCAAUCAUGUUGUUUAGUUUAGUGCUGAUUGUAGUUUUAGUGUAGCUUGUAGAAUCAGAGUUAGCAGUAAUAUUUCAUCUUUUUUAAGUUUUAUUAUGAUCUGUGUAUAAAUCUUUUUUUAUUCAGCAAUGAGUACCGUAUGACUCAAUUUCAUAAUUUAUUUCUUUUUAUUGAUUUCUGAGGGGGUCAAGUGGGGCUUUAAAGGGUCUAAAGCACAUUUCUCAUGUUUGGUUUGGUGUGUGUGAAGAUUUCAUGUGUAAGAGUGUUUUAAAUGAAUGAGUGCUUAGUUUUUUGGAAAUAUUUUUCAUCCCACAGCUAUAAAUAAUCCCAAUCUCCUGCCAGUAUUUCCAGGGAUUAAUACAUUUUUGCAAAAUAAAUUCAGUUAGUUUCAUUUUUUGUAUAAAAUAGUUAAAAAAUUUGACAUGUAUCACCAAAAUCAAUGUAAAAAAAAUAUAUCUGCUAAACAGCAAUUAUUGAAUUAUUACAAAUUUCCAAUCAGAAGUGAGACAAGUUAACACUUAAUCACUUAAUUGAAGGCUGUUAGCUUGUCAUUUCCUCUAUUUUGAGAAAACAUAACUUUAUAAUUACUAUGAUUACUCUUAAAGGAAAGCUUUGUGUACUGUUACAUCCGUGCUUAUCUUUAUAUUUUUGCACUUAUGUUUAAAAUCAGUCUGAAAUGUAUUCAAUCUGAAAUAAAAUCAAGAAGGUCGGAUGCGGGGAAGUCCCGUCGCAGCGUUGCCCCUUGGAGGGAUUAUAGGGUGUGAUUAACAGGUUUUAUUUUUCUGUCUUCAUGUGUGUGUUCAUGGCAGUGACUGUGUUGCCUACACGUUUUGCCAUACGGCUACAGAGAUGGCCCUUCACUUUAUUGCUUGCUCAUGUUUUUUUAAAUCAGCUUCUCUCAAAUCCCUCCUUCAUGCACUGACUUGACUUUUUCUGUGCUCUUUCUUGAUGUAAUCGCUUUGCUGUUCAACAGAAAGUGGGAUAACUGUAACAUUAGUAAAGACUGUGAAUUUAUUGUAGAUGUUUUUGUGCAUGGAGAUUCAUUAAUAUAGUCUAAUCUGACACAGAAGUUUAUUUCCCUCUUUAUUUUUGUAAUUUAGAUUGUCUUACUGAAUGAACCCUUUGUUUAUACGUGCAGUAAUGAACCACCCACGCUUUUUAUCCUUCUGAUAGACUGUAGACUUUCAGUUGUAUCUAUUUCGUACCUUUCAACCAUGUCUUAAAGCUGAUUCUUGUACCAACAUGAUUUUGAAAUGAUGAAAUGCUUUCAGCUUCUGCCUCAUAUUGUUUUUUUUUUUUUUGUACUUUCACAGCUUAAUUUCAGGCUAUAAAGGAAAUCUGUUUUGUACAUUCAUGUGCCAACAGUUUAAAGUGGCUAAUUUGACCUGUACGAUCAAAUUUGCUUGCAUUAAUAAAGUUCACUCAUGUUCUUGUUAA